AUGGUGGCCAAGGAUUAUCCUUUCUACCUCUCCGUCAAGAGGGCAAAUUGUGCCUUGGACGCGCAGACAGUGACCAGCCCGGCUAAAGAGACGGAGGAGCCCAGUAACAAACGGGUCAAGCCGCUUUCCAGAGUUACCUCACUAGCGAGCCUCAUCCCUCCUGUGCGUGCCACCCCGUUGAAAGAAACAUCACUAUCAGUGGAUCGUUCUAUCAGUUUCCGUAGUGACAGUCGCCCAGAUCUGUUCAGUCCACGACCAUGGUCUCGAAAUGUGCCCCCUGCUAACACAAAGCGGAGAGACAGCAAACUAUGGAGUGAGACCUUUGAUGUUUGUGUCAAUCACGUGCUUACAUCUAAAGAAAUCAAACGUCAAGAGGCUAUCUUUGAACUUGCCCAGGGAGAAGAAGACUUGAUAGAAGAUCUGAAGUUAGCAAAAAAGGCUUAUCAUGACCCAAUGCUUAAACUUUCCAUAAUGACAGAGCAAGAGUUGAACCAAAUUUUUGGAACGUUGGAUUCUCUAAUUCCUCUACAUGAAGAUCUUCUUAGGCGACUUCAAGAAGUCAGGAAACCUGAUGGAUCAACAGAACAUGUUGGCCAUAUUCUUGUGGGUUGGCUUCCAUGCCUGAACUCCUAUGAUAGCUACUGCAGCAAUCAAGUAGCAGCCAAAGCUUUAUUGGAUCACAAGAAACAAGAUCAUAGAGUCCAAGACUUCCUACAGCGCUGCUUAGAGUCCCCCUUUAGUCGCAAACUGGACCUUUGGAAUUUCCUUGACAUCCCAAGAAGCCGUUUGGUUAAAUACCCAUUACUACUCAGAGAGAUUUUGAGACACACACCAAAUGAUCAUCCAGAUCAGCAGCACCUUGAAGAAGCUAUAAAUAUAAUUCAGGGCAUAGUGGCUGAAAUCAACAUAAAGACUGGUGAAUCUGAAUGCCGGUAUUACAAAGAGAGACUUAUUUAUCUUGAAGAAGGCCAAAGGGAUUCAUUGAUUGAUAAUUCACGUGUUGUAUGUUGUCACGGUGAACUGAAGAACAACAGGGGCGUGAAACUGCAUGUCUUCCUCUUUGAAGAAGUGUUGGUAAUUACUCGAGCUAUCGCCCAUAAUGAACAGCUCUGCUACCAGCUGUAUCGGCAGCCAAUUCCGGUGAGGGAGCUUGUGCUAGAAGACUUGCAAGAUGGAGAGGUGCGACUGGGUGGAUCCAUACGUGGUGCAUUCAGCAACAACGAGAGAAUCAAAAACUUCUUUAGAGUCAGCUUCAAAAAUGGAUCUCAAAGCCAGACUCACUCACUCCAAGCCAAUGACUCCUUCAACAAACAACAGUGGCUUAACUGUAUCCGCCAGGCCAAAGAAAAAGUUACGUGUGCAGGCAAAGCUGGCGUGCUGAACUCGGAAGCGCAUUUUCUUUUGUCACCAAAUGGCAGCAGAGUACCCCAGGGAGAAACGGCGCUUGAGCGGAUGGACCAAUCGGACUGUGAGUCGGACUGUAGCAUGGACACCAGCGAGGUCAGCGUCGACUGUGAACGUAUGGAACAGGCAAACUCCUGUGAACAUGAAAAGCAAAUAGAAACCAAUGUUUGACAAAAACUUACAGUUCGUGGAAGAAAAUCUGUCUCUUACCUGUACAGUAUUUGCAUUCCAUACACGGAACCAUUUGGAGAAGCACUUUUAAAAUAUUUUUUGUGACAGUGUCAAUGCAGCCCUUCUUGUAUUUGUACCUAUGAGUGUAGUACUGUAACUGCCGAUCUGUAUAAGCUGGAGUCUCUUGCAACUCAUGUCCUGUGCUUAUAUUCCCUAAACAUCUAAGGUGGAUGAAAGAGGUACUUGACCAGUUAUUCCCAAUGUCCUGCUGUAAACAGAAUCUCUAAACUACUGUUCAUAUGUGCGUUACAUAAAGAAUCUUUUCAUAAUUUUUAAAAGUACUUUAUUUGCCCUUUAAUGGGGCAGCUGAAGAUGUGGACUUAAUAU